AUGGUAGCGACAGAUUAUGAACCUGACGCUGCUGGUCUACAAAGCUUUAUCUUAUGUGCGGACUGUGGUACACCCAUUUCCUCUGCUAACGGAGCUGGUCUAUGUGUCGGUUGCUUGAAGAACACGGUCGACAUCACCGAGGAUAUACCCAAAGAGGCCGCUCUGAAUUUUUGCAGAGGAUGUGAACGUUUCCUCUCUCCACCUCAGACGUGGAUACACGCACAACCGGAAUCUCGCGAGCUACUAGCUAUAUGUCUGAAAAAGAUAGCAAGACCAUUGAUGAAAGUCAGAUUGGUCGAUGCUUCAUUCGUAUGGACCGAACCACAUUCUCGAAGAGUCAAAGUAAAGAUCACCAUACAGAAAGAAGUCUUAGCCAACACCGUGCUUCAAGAUGAUUUCGUAUUGACCUUGGUCGUGCAUUCUGGUCAAUGUCCGAGUUGUACAAGAUUAGCAGCGAAGAACACCUGGAGAGCGACGGUACAGGUUAGACAGAAAGUGACGCAUAAACGGACGUUUUUGUGGUUGGAACAAUUGAUCUUGAAGCAUAACGCCCAUAAGGACACUGUAAAUAUUUCUGAGAAGAGAGAUGGAUUGGACUUCUUUUACUCUGAAAGAAACGACGCCAUCAAAAUGGUAGAGUUUCUGGCUGGUGUUGUACCCGUGCGGUCAAAAGGAUCUGAGCAGCUCAUCUCCUCCGACACACAUAGCAAUACUUCAAAUUACAAGUUCACUUACUCUGUGGAAAUAGUUCCUGUUUGCAAAGAUGAUCUAGUUUGUCUUCCUCGUACGCUAGCUAAAGCAUGGGGCAACAUCCGACCACUUACAUUAUGUUCCCGCGUCGGUAACACCAUCCAUCUUCUCGACCCUUCCACCUUACAACAAACCGACGUAUCUUCUCCUGUGUAUUGGCGUCAACCAUUCGACUCCCUCGCCACCGUCUCCGACCUUGUAGAAUUCGUCGUUCUCGAUGUAGAAUACACCAACAUAACUCGUGGUAAAUAUGUUCUAGCCGAUGUUCAAGUCAUGCGAUCUUCUACUGGUUCGACCACAAAAGCUUCCUCGGAUGACGAUGAAGAAAUGGGUCACGAUGGAAUUUUCUACACCCGAACACAUCUCGGUGGAAUCAUCCAACCUGGUGAUACAGUGUUAGGUUAUCAUCUCACCAACGCCAAUUUCAAUAAUGAAGCUUAUGAAGCUUUGGAACAAUCACGAGAGGCUUUACCAGAUGUUAUACUUGUGAAGAAAACAUAUCCUAGUAGAAGGAAAAAGUCUAAACCUCGAGGAUGGAAAUUACGUUCCAUUGCCAAAGAAGCGGAAGAUGCGGGAGAUGGAGUAGUAGGUCGAGGUGCUUUGGGAAGAAGAGGUGGAGUGGAUCAAAAGAAUGUUGAGAGGGAUUAUGAGUUGUUCCUUCGUGAUUUGGAGGAAGAUAAAGAAAUGAGAGCGGCGAUAAAUCUUUACAAGGCGAUUCCGAAAGAGAAAGCAGAGGAAAUAGGAGAAGGUGAUAUCGUCAUGGGUACUGCCAAUGGGAAAUCUGGUUCAGGUUUGAAAGGAGGAAAGAGGAGACAGAAGAAAGUAUCGACGCUACCACAAGAGAUGGAGGUGGAGGAGGAUAGGGGUGUGGAGGCGGAUGAAGAAACGGUAGGGGAUGAUGAUUUCCCUGAGAUUGGGAUGGAGGAGUUGUUGGAUCAGUUCGAAGAGAUGGAUAUGGAUGAAGGCGAGGAAGUGGAGUAG